AUGUCCAUGCGAAUCGUCCCCGCCUCCGGCGCCCCCUCCACCUUCAACCACACAAACCACUCCUCCUCCGCCCCCUCCGCCCCGGGCAUCCACGACACCCUCCGCCACGGCGUCGGCAUCUCCCCCUUCGACGCUGCCGCCAACAAGCCCGCGUCCUCCCACCCCCUCGAGGCCCGCCUCAAGAGCUGGGAGGCCACCCAGGAGGCCGUCCGCAUGGAGACGCUCAAGCGCACUUUCGGUAUCGCCGAGCCCAUCCGCCGCGGCAUGGAGCUCAAGAUUGUCCGCGACGGCGAGUGGCGGCCCAUGGCUCUCGGCGCCGGACUUCCCAGUGUCCAUGAGGAUAUUUUGAAGGGCCGGGAGGACACCAUCACCUGGGAGGAUGUAUUUACGGGCAACGAGACGAGGGCCCUGCCCGGGUUCCAUGACGAGAUGGAGAAGAAGCUCAAGAUUAAUCACUAA